AUGGCUGAUUUCGCGGCCGUCAAGGACGAGAGCGAGCUCGAAAUGCUCGAGACAGGAGACGACGUGCUGAGCUUUGAUGUGGAGCUCGCCGCCGGCGACAGAGAGUCGAGCUUCCAUACCAAGAACGACCGGGAGGACCCCUUCCAGCGAAGCAACGUCGUCCAGCGAAAGGGAGCCGUCGAUGUCAAAUGCACUUGCGUCGAUAUCAUUCACGGUAGCUGGGGCGAAGACGAUGAUGACGCGCGCGCGACUCUGCUAGUUCUGCUCUUCCGCUUCGACCCGCGCCGGCGCGCGCGGCGCGUGGCACUGGCCAACAUUGAGUUUGUCUUCUUCGACUCCCAAGGCCGGCACCGCAAGAACCCAGAGGUCGCUUUCAUGUCGUUCGACGACAGCUUCAGCCUGGUGCCCACGCAGCGGACAGAAUCAAUGACGCGGGGCGCCGAAGGCACCGUCGGCGGCGGCCUCCUCGGUGCGGAGCUCUCGGGGACGGUCAAAUGGGAACACCGCGUCGAGGAGGAGACUACGGACGCUGCGCACGUCGUUGGAUCCAUCGACCGGCUGGGUGCGCCCGCCGGCCCGUCCAACGCGGCGACCUGGACGCUCAGGGAGAACGCAACGACCAAGAAGGGCGUACCCGCGGCGAUGCGUGUUGGCAUUGUGCUCAAGCGGUCCACCGACGACGACUUCUUCUGCACCGUCAAGCUGGAGACCGAGGUUGACCUGAAGACGCGCGUCGAGCAGCUCUUUGGGGGCCGCGACUCGGACGACCCGAUCCUGUUUCGCACGCAGCUGCCUCCCACCAACAAAUUAAUGAAAUACAAUGUUGAUAAUCUUGGGGAUUUCGACCUGUCUCUGGUCGAAGAUGUGACGGUUACCACGGUGAAGAGCGGAGUUGUCAAGGAGCAGUAA